GUAGAGGUUUUAAUAUAUAGGCUACCGAUGGUGUAUACAUCGGUCUUUUGACUGAUGUGAUAUUACUUUAAUAUCACGUUUCCUGUAGUGGGCGUUUAGCCAGCCCGAACCAAACGGAAGAAGGGGGAGUCGCAGGAUUAUACCAAAUUUAAAGAUACACGCGGAGCAUGGAGAGCUCGGUAGGUCAGUGCUAAAAUUAGAGGCUGCUCCUUCCGCGACAGCAGCCAAAUUGCGAUGCAUAAAGUCAUGCAAACCAGGGGACACACUCUCACAAGGGCUGGCAGUAAAGCCAUGUUUUCCAUGGGUGACAUUUAACGCCACACGUUGACUGAAGAGGCUCUGUGCAUAACGCAGGGACAGCGCUGGAUCUACACUGGCCACCGCUGCGCAAAUCAUAGUAUUUGGUAGUGGUUUUUGGAGACGCCAUAUGUACUCUGUUCAGCGAACAGCUUCCAUGAGUGUUCACUUCUGCAAAAAUGUCUUUUUUAACCAUACCAAGUCAAGAGGGCCUUUUUACCACGAUUAAAACUGGCAAGUCAGGCGAGGAGGCAGAGAGUAGGUCCCCUAUAGACGACGAGGAUAAUAAUAAUAAUAAUGAUGAUGAUGAUGAUGAAGACGAUGACACUGAGGACGUUCGCCUCAUCCCAAGAUGCUCCCCGGUGCCCAGAAAGCGGGGCCCGUCCAUCCACGAUGAGACAGCGGAGUAUAUCCGGAUCCACUUGGCGCUGUCUGCCGGAAAGAGAGUGUCAUUCGCCGAUACAACAGGUGGGGAUCUGGUGGAUGUGAAGGAAUUUGUUGCGUUUGAUUCGGACGAGGAAGAGGAUAGUGCAAGGUGGGAGGAAGAGGAAGCAAAGUAUCGAAAGCCAGAGCGAGAACCGACCUAUCAAGUGCACCCAGAGUUUAACGCGCCCACCGAGAGUGUCCUGCUGCAGGCUGUGCACACUCAUAAAGUGGAGGUUGAGCGGAUUUCUCCAGUAGAGAAUGAGCCACUUGCAGUCAGUGGGGUAAUACGAGUCCUGAACAUCUCCUUCCACAAAGCAGUUUACAUCAGAUCGACCAUGGACAACUGGGCUUCUUACUUUGAUCACCCAGCAGAGUAUGUCCAGGGAUCUCAUGAUGGGGACACUGAUCAGUUCUCCUUCAAGCUGUCUUUUGCACCACCUUAUAUCACACAUGGCUCUCGCAUUGAGUUUGUUGCUCGCUAUGAAACCUCUGAUGGUGAUUACUGGGCUAAUAAUUCCUCUAUGAAUUAUGUGGUGACUCUGCUCCUGUCCUAUGAAGAUGAUUCAGCUCAGACAAACAUCAGCAUGCAACAAAAAAGAGGAAUCCUGAAACCUCCAAAAGCUUACAGUAUGAAUGAUGAUUUUGAUUCAGACAAUGAGCAGGAAAUGGAAGAAGCAGAAGAAGCAGGGACCUCCAGGUCAGGACUUGUCAGACCUACAGCUGUCUGCCCAGUCAUCGUACAGCCGGAGAUUGACAUAGAGAUUGCAACUCACCCAUCUGGUCCCUCUGUCCCACCCAACCAAGAGCUUCCAUCUGUUGAUGGCACACUGUCCGCUCACACUGUAUCCCCAGGUGAACAAUUCCCUUGUAUGUCUUCCGAAACCACACUUCAAACUAAUUCAUCCUUUGUACUCUGUGCCAGCGAAUCAGUCCAGCCAAAUAAGGCACAGCCUUUACCCAGACUCCACUGUGAAUUAGGCAACCAAACGUCAGAGAAGCCCAUAGACAGUAGUCCCUCUGCACUGCUGCCUGCUUUAACUCCUUCUCUACAACAAGAGUCAAAGCUGAGAUCAGACGGCUCCCAGGCUGGCGGAGAGGAAAUCCCUCCCUCAGAGGCCUCAUGCAUGCAUCUUCCUACCACAGAGAUGAAUCUGUGGCCAACAGCAGGAGAGGACGGAUUGACCGACAGCCCAGACACUCAUCCUUGUCUUGAACUGCCUGCUGACUGUGUCUCUGCUCCCAGUGUGACUCAGGGCUUUGAGCGAGAGGCUGCAGUGGGAUUGAGUACAUUUGUUGCAGGAUUAUCAGAAGGUUCCACCAGGUCUGCAGCACAUUAUGAAGACAGUACGCCUGCACUCUUGUCUCCUGUGGCAGAGAGUCAGGCAUCUCUGGGAGCAGAAGGUGAAGCUCCACCAUCACCUGAACUCACAGAGAACCCCUCCACGAGUACAGGUGUCACUGAGGUGAGCCAAAACUUAGCUGUUCAGUCUGUCUCAGCCUGGGAAGAUAAGGAAGAUGCUCCCCAGAUUUCCCCUGACACAUUAUUAGAGAAUCUACCAAACACAUCGUCAGAGGUGUCCGAGCUCCAGUGCGAUGUAAUGCAUGAUGUAAGCAGGAAUCUAAUGCCAUCCAUCGUCUUUCUGAGUGGAGUUGUCUCCCUCUCGAUAGUGUUGCAGGAACCCAGUGCUCUCUUCGUCAUCGGACUGCUUUUGGUCUUGCACCGUUUGUGAUUAUUAAGUUCACUCUGAUCUGUUCUCAAGUUAAGUGCCUUUUCAUGAUUCCAAAAUAAGCCAACAAGUUACAAAAAAACAAAAGUGUCCUGUUGUCGCUGUGUGAUUUUUUUAGAUAAUAGAUAGAUAAUAUACAUUUACAUCAAAUGAAAGAAUGGUAAUAAAGUAUACAUUAAUAGAAUAGCAGUCAAUUAUUACCCCAUUUCUACAACAACAUUGUGAUCAUUCUUAAUACUAAAGCACAGUAUAUUAUCAGAGAUGUUUUGUAAGUGGUCUGUAAUUACUUUUUUCUUGUCAUGUGGAGAUAGUGUAUGUGGUGUAAUAUUCAGAUUUAUUCAAUCAGUAAAAUAAUGCACUUACAUUUUUUGUUGCUGUCAAUGUAGCAAAGGUUGUUGUCUAAACACACCGCCAUGAUUUUAACUUUUUCCACAUGCUAAUAUGUCUUUAAUAAUAAUAAAAAAAACAUUACCAAAGCGGGACACUAAAGAGACUUGUUAUAUAAAUGGAAUUUUGUUUACAAAAUGCAAAAGCAAGACAUGGUUAUGUGAGGAAUUUUGCCUUGAUGUCCUAUAGUAAACAUCACUUUGAAAUGGAUGCUGCUUGACAAAACAAGUGGAAAAAUGUCCAGUGUUACAUGUGAAAGCGAUAUUUAUCAUUAUAGAACACCAGCCUCCUCUACGUCUCCUCGCUAUUGCACAUACGUCUUCCUGUCGAUUCUUGUUUAGUAAAUCCAUAUUGUUGUUGUUGCACAACACAAACUUUUGUAGCACUAUUUUGACAACCUCACAGACUGAAGCACUGAAUGACAUGUUUGAAGUGAUAAAAGUUUUUGCAGUGGAUUGCCAAUAAACAUGGUCUUAUACCCUGCAA